AUGUUUCUGAAAAGUGAUCUGGAUAAAGGAGGUUUGGAGGAGUAUGUGCUUGGACUCACCUCUUUAGCAAAAGACUUGAGCAGAUCUCUCAGCCAGCAGCUGGGGAAUGUUACAGAAAUUAUUCAAGACACCUGCCACUUGCUGAGUGCUCUCCAUGAUAAACCCAAGGAACUGACUGGAAGUCCAGAAUACAAUGGAGUUAUAGAUUAUCUGCAGAAAGUGAAGGAGGAUUUGACAAAUACAAUCUUACACCUUCAAGAAGCAGAAAACAAAUUUUAUGACAAGAGCUGCAGCCACGAUGGUGAUUGUCAGAACCAGACUGGUGAAAAUGUUUUUGGACAAACAGAUGUGCAUUGUUCGGAAGGAGAAGCAACAGAACCUGUGCAAGCAUCUUCCAGUUCCAGUCAGCAAUUCCAAAGAACUCCUACUCUGAACAAGCCAGAAAGUCAAAAUGGUAAUCAAACCCACACAAGUAAAAUUAAAACUGCAGGAAAAAUUGCAUCCUUAGCUGUAAACAAAUCUGCCCAAGAAGAGGACACUAUUACUGAAAAGCCUCCAGAACUGGCUUUUCAGGAUGCUCUUACAAGCAGUGAGGAAGACAUUCUUUCUGGGUCAUUGAAGGACAUUCAUGACAGAAGCAUCACAAAUAAUUUUGAACAGGAAAAAAAGGAAGUAGUCAUGGACAAUUUAAAAGUGCUAGAAAGUGAAGACCACAAACUGACAGAGAAAAUGGAAGACAGUAAAAUGGAAAAAAAUAAUGAUAUUUUUAGAAAUUACUUAAGUACCUUCACACCUUCAGCACAAACCUGUGAUCUUCCUGAUGUGAAUCCUUCUAUGAGUGAUUCAGAAGAAGUACAAAAAUCUAGAUACUGGAUGGACAAAGAAUUUCUGGUCAAAGGGAGUGGAAAAAACCCCCAGGAAAUAGCCUGUUUUAUUAAAGCCCCUGCAACUGUUCUGGAGAAUCUGAAGUGUAAUAUACUCAAUUACUCUAGUUCCUUGGUGGUGGACGAUUCUGAGGAGCUGGUCAGCAAUGUCAUCAGUAUUGAAUGUUAUGAUUAUGAAAAACUACUUUUCCCUAUCAACAUUGCAAUUCCAUUUAUAUCAUGCUUCAGAGGAAAUUAUCGGGAGAUUAUGGUUAAGGUGACAGAUACCAACUUCCAAUCAAACUACUUAACUCCUAUUUCUUUUCAAAGAUACCAAGGAAACCAUAAGGAAAGCUUUGCAGAAGUGAAAAUUUAUCAUCUGGGUGUUUUUUCUGUGUUGUCAUGCUUAAAGAAGGAAACAUUUACUGUUCCAAAGGUAGGACUCUUGCAAAAGCUGAACAUGGAUUCUAGAAUCUCUUUCUGUUACCAUCCAGAAGCAUUCAGUUCUCCAGCACCUAUGCAGUUAAAGAUUCAGCCAAUUGAGCCAUCAUUGGUUUCAGCAUUGAAAGCAAGACAUGAUAUGUAUCACUCAGUGAUAUCUACUAGUGCACUGGUUCAUGUCCAGCACCCUUCAGCCCAACCUUUUAACAGCUCAGUCACUAUUACUCUACCCUGUCCUCCCAACCCAGACAAAAAAAGGCAAGGAGAUGAGACAGAACAUGCAAGAGCCAUUAGUGCUACAGUAAAGAGGGUUGGUGCAGCAUACUAUACUAGGGCUGUGAGCACUUCUGUGAGAAGAAGUGGGGACAAUCUCAGUGAAACUUUGAAAUUAUUAGGUCAUGGAAACAAAAAAGAGGGGUGGAAGGUGUUUGAUGAUGUUAUUAUCCAGAAUGCACAGAAUGGGCUUGUAUAUUUUGAAAUAAAUGAGCAUUUAGAAAGCUUUGUGGUCAUCCGCCUUGCAUUCCCUUUGGAAAACAGGUAUCUUCUCCUCUUUGCUCAGGCUCUGGAAGAAGCUCUCCGUAGCACGAUGGCUAAUGUGAUACUGUAUCAGAAAAGAGAAGACCCAUACAAAAUAGUAGUUUUGCUGUCUGCAUCCAGAGAAUUGACCAAUGAACUUCAAAAUCUCCAUGAGGAGGGUUAUUUUGGUCCCCCAGAACCUACACAACAGUUCCCAUUAAGACAAGGAGAGCAGAUUCAUUUUAUAUUUAGAGGAAAUAUUUAUGCUUCAGAGAAUGGAGAAGACUUCAGGAAAGUCUACAGACUGAUUUUUCAUUCACAAAGACAGCCAAGGCUGGAGCACCAAAUCAAGGAAGUGGAUGAAUUUGGUAACCACAGUUCACCUCAUUACAAAGGAACAGCAGUGUUUUAUAAAAUUACCAAAGAGAUGAUACCAAAGAAAUGGGAACAAACCUUACCCUAUGAUGAAUAUCAACACCAGUAUCCACUGUGCAAAUUAGCAUUAACAUUGCCAAAGCAUGAAAAAUUGAUCCACCAUCCACGAAGUACAAAAAGAAUUUUUUCUGAUUCAUCAGAGGCCCUGUGGGACAAGUUGCUGUUCUGGCUUGCAGAAGAGCUUGCAGAAGAUAAUACAUCAUUGUUUGCUUUAUGUUUACCUGUUCGACGGAGCGUGCUUCAGCUUGUUAGCCUGAAGUGCCCUGAUAAUUUAACACACCAGAUCUAUGAGCUGCUUUGCUGCUGGAAUAAGACUCUUCCAAAGUCGGCUGAUAAACAGCAGCUCUUGUCUCGCUAUUUGCAGAAGAGUGGCAGAAGUGAUCUUUCAGAAGAACUUCGUUUAAAGUGGCAAAAUAAGGUGUUCACCUGA